CUGAACCUAAAAUGGGGGAUCUCUGGUGUAUAAAUAAUUACUGAAUCCAAAUUCGAUGUCAAGUAGUCUUUUGGUGAUAUCUAACGCCAUACCUAACCAUCGAAAUAAUAUUCACGUUAAUGUGCAAUAUAAAAAUGAAUUCUAUUAGGUGUUUCAUUGUUAUCGUGGCCCUUGGAACCGUCGUAUCUGGGGUGCCAUUUGCGAGUAGUGUGGAAAGCAACGAAAUAAAUACGGAUUCGGACUUUGUCAGUGGUCUUAACAAAUGUGCUUUUCAACCAAACUCGGACGGAAUAGCCACUUGCGCAACGGAAAGAAUUGUUAGAUCCCUAGAUUUGCUUGCAAACCAAGCCAAUAUCAACAUUUGGCCAGGGAUUUCCCUUUUAAGUGAUGGUCCUGCUCCAAGCUUCCGCUCAGGAAAACAAUUAAAAGAAGAAAUUGAAGAAACGAAAUCCAACGAUGGUUCCAUGCUUGAAUUAAUCGGUAACGCUACAGCCCGAUUCUUUUCUGGUAGAACUUUGAAAGUUAAAUUGCCCAACAGUGAAGAAAUAGGCAGGGCCCUUGAAGAGGGUAGAAAAAGAAUGGGCGGUAACAAAAACAAAGGUGGUUUGAACAUGGGAAUGAUGGGCAUUGGUGCAGCUGUAGCUGGAUUAGUUCCACUUUUCUUGGCAAAAAUUGCUUUGAUUACUGCUAAGGCUUUAAUUGUUGGAAAAAUCGCUUUGGUUCUUGCCGGUAUUUUACUUGUACAAAUGUUGAUGAAAAACAACAACAAUCAUCAUGUGGACAACAGCUGGAGCUCUGCACAGCCAGUUUACGGUCCACCAGCAAACACUUAUAACCCUCCUUCUAACUCAUAUGGAGUACCGUCAGCUCAAUAUCCUUACUCGAGAUCGUUCACUGUUGAAGAAGAAAAACCCAAAUAUAGCCAAGAAUUGGCUUACUCAGCACAAAUGAGAUAAGAUAAUAAUUAAUUUGGUAGUUAAAUCGUGUUUGUGUAUAUUUAUUUAAUUUAUUUUUUUUUAAUAGACUUUAUAGAUUUUU